AUGUCUGCAGAGCUUUCGGGGAGAAAGAACUUGCUGGGUUCGACAGACGUGAGGGAUCCUGACGUCUCGGUUCUGCCAGACAUUCAAGGUCAAGACAAUGUAGAAGUCUUGGUAGCCUCCGCAGAUAAGAACGAACCCCUGGUCACUAGGAAGGAGCUCUGGAGCUAUUAUCUGUAUUACAACGGAGACAAUGGUGUUGGACCUCUCGGUUAUACCCAAACGUUAUUCCAAGAUCUUGCAACCAAUGCUGGCCAUGAUCCAGUUGCGGGUCCUGGCUCAUCUUGCACCGCUUUGAACGCGUCGGGUCAGUGUGUCCUACCAUGGGGCUCGGGGACCAAAUCAGUGGCUAGUAUCGUUCUCCUCGCCAACGGUAUCAGCUUCGCCAUCAUGACCUCCAUCAUCACUACGAUCGGUUCUGCUGGUGACUACGGAACGUUUGGGCGCUGGCUUCUCUUCGUCGUGACCGUCGUUUGCUGGGCAGCGCAGUAUGCCUGCAUGGCGUUGACAUCUCCCAGUCGCUGGAAGCUUGCCAUGGUGUUGUACAUCAUUGGUUUCGUUUCUUACGGCGCAACGCUCGUAUUUUACGCCGCCGCAUUUCCCCGACUUGCCCGUAAUACUCCACUUUCACGGAAAUUGCGUGAAAAGUACGAAAUUGGGGAGAUUUCCGCUGAGGAGUAUGAGACGGAGGAAUCGUUGGAGAAGAACAGGAUCAGCAACAUAAGCACGAUGCACAGUAAUGUAGGUUAUGUGGCGACUUAUGUGCUGAACCUCGCCUUGUUGCUUCCUCCCGCGACUGCCAACAGUCCCCUCGUCGAUAGCUACGUUCUUGUACUCGAUAACACAUAUUGGGUUCUUCUUGGGAUAUGGUGGUUUAUCUACCAGUUACCACGACAUGGUCCCCCCUUACCCAAGGGUGAACAUUACCUCACCAUUGGAUGGAAGCAAAUAUGGGCAGCUGUAAAAACAUAUAAGCAUCUUCCUCACACCUUCGUAUAUCUCGUGGCAUAUUUCUUGUUAGCAGAUGGAUUGAACACUACUGGCACUCUGAUUUCUAUCUGCCAAAAUGCCAAGUUCAGUUUCUCCUUCCUGACAUUGACGUAUAUUGGAUUAUCGCAAGCAAUCACAUCUACGAUCAGUACCCUCGGGUUCUGGUAUAUCCAACGACACUGGAAAAUUAGCACGAAGAAGAUGUUUGUCGUUACGAAUGUUGUUACGGUUUUGAUUCCGCUUUGGGGUAUGAUUGGUAUCUGGACCGACAAGUUUGGCUUCCACAAUGAGUGGGAAUUCUGGGCUUAUAAUAUUGUGUUUGGCCUCUUCCAAGCACCCUACUACGCCUUCUCGCAAACGAUGAUGGCUGAGCUCAGUCCCCCCGGUUUUGAUAACAUGUUCUUCGGCUUGUUCGGUCUCUCGAACCGCGCCUCUUCAAUGGUUGGACCCAACGUGAUCCAAGCAAUCAUCGAUGAGACGGGGAACAAUUGGCAAGGUUUUCCUUUUCUGUUCGCGUUGUGCACAGCAGCGUCAGUCAUCAUUUGGUUUGCUGUCGAUGUUGAGAAGGGCAGACGGGCUGCGGUUAAGUGGGCGUCGUCCCGGAGAAGUUGAGAUAACACGGGACCGCGCACUCGAUGCUGAUUGCAGUAUCAAUUAAUCCUUCGUUAGAACAGAGAUAUCGGUUUUCCGCUUUGUUGUGAGUCUCUCAAUGUCGUCGAUGAAUUUCCAGAUCUCAGAGAAUCCUGUUUCACUGCUUAAUAUGUAUCACGCUGAUAUAGACAAUCGGCACUGGAC